CCGGGCGCGGCGGAGGCCGGGGUAGCGGCGCGCGAGCGGCGGGCGGCUGGACCGGACAUGGGGAUCCUGAGCGCGGCCGCCCGGGCGGUGGUGCGGGGCGCCGACCGCAUGAGCAGGUGGACUAGCAAGCGGGGCCCGCGCACGCACUACAAGGGCCGCGGAGCCAAGGGCACGGGCGUGCGCGGCCGCGACGGCGCCUUCGUGCAGAUGCCGGCCAUGGUGCCCGAGCUGCUGGUGCCCACGCUGACCGGCUUCAGGCUCAGGCCCUACGUCAACUACCGCGCGCCGGCCGGCGACGAGCCGCCCCUGACGGCCGAGCGGCUCUUCCGCGACACGGCGGCGCCCGCCAUCGAGAAGGACUUCCGCGACGGCACGCUGGACCCCGUGCGCCUCGACAAGUACGGCUUCGAGCCCGCGCAGGAGGGCAAGCUCUUCCAGCUGUACCCCAAGAACUUCCCGCGCUGAGCCCCCGCCGCCCAGCCCCGAAAUAAACGUGCUGUG